UUUGCUGUGUAAAAAAGAAACUAUAAUGCGAAGGACGCGAGGACCUUUCAGAGAGAGAGGGGAGAGAGAAUCGGCUGUUGCAAGGGAAGACUAUUAAGUGGAUUCACUGUGCAAUCUGCAUUCAUUUGUAAACGCGUGGAGUUUGGUUAACAGUGAACCGCGUCGUGUAUGCCAUAGACAGGUUUAAUAUGUUGUAAAAAUGUCUGGAAACAGCAAUGCUCAAAAGUAUUAUAUUGACGAGAUAUUUACGGCCGCCGCUAAUGGCGAUGUCGAAGCAAUUACUAAAGGAUAUAACAUGCUGUCGAUAUCACCCGAUGUUACGGACAAAAUGGGAUGGACGCCACUUAUGUGUGCGGCGAGGAAUGGUCAUGUUAACGUCAUGGGAUUCCUAUUACAACAAGGGGCAGAUCCUAAACAUAUGAAUAAAAGUGGACAGACUGCUUUGGAUGUGGCUUCAUUUUGGAACCAGACAGGAUCUGUAAACUUUCUAAAUGGGUUCCUCAAACCAAACAAAUCUCCAGUAAUGGAAGUGGUUCAUUAUUUUGGCUUUUCGGCUCUGGAUCGGCAGUCGUAUCAGAGAUCUGACGAGAAUGAAAUGAAAAAAGCAAUGAGGAUGGAAAACGCAAAAUACGUUGUAUUUGCAGAUCUUCAGUUGCUUGUUUCAAAUGAUGCGGUUACUGGAAAAUCUCAAAAUGUUGUGUAUUUAACAUGGGGAGAGAUAGAAAAGUAUUUAUCUAUUGUUGAUCAUGAUUUAAUCUUCCUUGGAGUGGGAAACAUUGAUAAAGGGUUGUUGGUGAGAGAAACACAUCACGCACAACUGAAUGACAGCCCUUAUUUUGCAGUCAAUUUUAAAAAGAUGCCGUCAGACGAUGAGUUCUCUCCCGAAAAAUAUAAUGGUAGUUUUACAGACAAAGAUAAUCGCCGAUUAAUGAUGAUGCUGCAAAAAAAUGAAUCUGGAUUGGUUGCACAAGCUCGAUCUGUCCUUGCGUGGCAUGAAAGGUACAACUUUUGUCCAACUUGUGGAAAUGAAACUAUUAUGAAAGAUUUUGGAUAUAAGAGACUUUGCAUUUCUGAAAGUUGUACAACGCACAAAGGUGCCCACAAUACCUCAUUUCCAAGGACAGAUCCUGUGGUUAUUAUUCUUGUUGCCUCAAAAGAUGGAAGCAAGUGUCUGCUUGGUAGACAGUCAAGAUUUCCACGCGGAAUGUAUUCCUGUAUAGCUGGUUUUAUGGAACCAGGCGAAAGUAUUGAAGAUGCAGCUCGCAGGGAAGUGUUUGAGGAAAGUGGGGUCAAGGUUGGACAAGUGGAGUAUCAUUCAUCGCAACCAUGGCCUUUCCCUUCCAAUAUAAUGAUUGGAUUAAUUGGAAGAGCUGUAUGUGAUGAUAUUAAUGUAGAUAAAGUGGAAUUGGAAGAUGCCAGGUGGUUUGACAAGCCAGAGGUGGCAAAGGCAAUAUUAGAAGGCUUCGGUCGAAAAGAGGGUUUGGUUGUACCACCACACACAGCAAUAGCUCACCACUUAAUUAAAACAUGGGUGCAAAGAAACUCCAAUUCUAACUUAUAAUUAGAUUUGUCUAUGAAUCUUUAUUUUAUUACUACUGUUUCACUAUGCAUAAUAUAAUUCUGAAAUAUAUUAAUUGUAAUUACGAUCGCGUGUAAUUUGUUGGGAGCAUACCUAAGGAAUAAAAGCUAAGAAAAUAAUCCCAA